AUGAUCUCGCCUGUUCCUCAUGGUGUGGUCAAGGAUCCUACCAGCCUCUUGCACCUUCUCCAAGAGUUCCGCCCAGGCCCUUCUUCUCCAAGCCCUAUCUAGAGAAAAGCUUGGCGACAAUCUCUCACGUUUACCAACGAUGUGAUCGAGUCCGCCGGCCAAAGUUGUCAAUUACCUUCUUCGGGAAAAUUAGAAACCUGAACCUCCCAAGUAGCUUUAAACUUUUCAAUGAAUCUCUGACCUUUCUUAUGAAGAAUUCGUUGUCCCACAGGGUCAGCAUUGUUUCCUUUGCAUCUCACGUAACCAUUUCUCGUCAGCCUUAGUAGUGUCGCGCUUUUGAGUGUUGAUGACUACUUAAUAUACGACAGUUUCACAGUUGACGUACGGAUAAACGCAAAAGUUGCGAAAAAUGCUUAAACGCUAUGGUAUUUUUAGCGAUCCAACCGUAUUUCGGAAGAAGACGGUCGAACCAAAUUUGCUGUCCAAGUAUGCAGUUACUACAUACUAAUGGUGCUUGGGUUCUAAAGUAGAAGAUAUUGGGUUCUUCUAAAUGUGGAAGCAAGAAGCAGUUAACGAGACAAUGUGACGAGGAGGCUCAAUAAUUAGUGGUGCACCGUAUAAACUUUAAGUGGAAGUUAUCUACCUACGGCAGUGUAACGGCAUUGGGAUUCUGAUGCGGAGGGUCGCUCUUUUCACUCUGUGCCUAUUCAUCUCCGUGGGAAUGUGCACACAGUAAUUCAGGCCUCUGAGGCGACUAGAUGAAACACUGUCCCGGAGGAGGCUAAAUGUUGACUGGCGUCUGAAUGUGCUAAUAGUGAGACCGAUUUACGCAGCACCUACAUACACCCUUCUCCGUCUUCCCACAACCAUCACAGUUCAACGACAAGACAAGAUUAAAGCGACUGGCAGUUGCCACGAGCUCAGCGGCCGAUUUGGGACAAAGCCAGUGUUCACAUGUGCCACACACGUGCUAACUCCUACACGCACAAACACCAGAUUUCAAGGUGAGGAGGGUUUCAAAUUUCGCCUUUGUCCCCGAGGACCAAGCAAUCCAUCGGUAGAACCGUGCACGACCACUUUGCGUUAGGUCAUUUAGACCGUCGCAGAUAUGCAGUCAGAAGUAAAUAGUAGUCGGCAGGUGUGUUGACAAAGACAAACAGAAUUGGACAGCCCAUUCAGGUUUGUUUCCUGCUGUCCGUCAAACAUGCCCUAACCCAAGACCGAGGUUCCACUGAACUACCAGCCCCUGCUUCUCGUCAGACACAUGCGAUCUUUGGAUUCUGAUUACUGAACAAAAUAGGACGGAGCCAAAUACGCUACCUCCACUGUCUCGGUCGAGGUGCUCUACCCAGCUGGCACAUUUGACUGCAUAAGCUGUGUCGAAACACUGAUGAGACAUUGCGUGUAAGACUUUGAAGUUGCUCAAGGUCCUAGGAACAAUUACUACGUUAAGUCAACUCGAUCAAGGAGUGGAGGCGGCGGCGCCUGCGGUGGCAGUGGCAGUGACGGUUUCCAGUCCUUGCCUUAAGUCCUUGAUUAACACAGCAGUUUGAACAAGGUGUCAGCCGUGCGCAGGCAGACAAAUAUCUCAGAGGUAGCAAGCUCGGUGCCUUAGCAGUCUCAUUCUUUCAAAAAGCCAGCAUAGCUGCGCAAACAACGUUACUGCAGCGUGGCAGCUGACAAGGUUGAUGUGCAUUAGGAAAGGCCAUCUGCUUUAAGUUCUUGGACACUGAGGACUGUCGUUUCUACAUGCUGGGUAUCUCCAGUCAACAUACGUACUGUCACAGGCGACUAACUUCGUCUAUUAGGCGGCUGAAAGAACCGUCAAUGACAAAGACUUCAUCAACUGGGGACUAAACACAGAAUUGUGGCGGCUUUCCCGAUGCUCACAAUCGGGGUUGAAAAAUUGAUUUCACUCCUAUGCAACAUCAAAUUUUCUCCAUUGCAGCAGACAUGACGGGAGCCCGUAGCCCAAUGAUAGUAUGUUGGACUUUGUGCUCAAUGCUUCGACUCCCGCCUGUCGUUCUCCGGGGUUGGGAGGUGGCUGGCUGA